AGUUAUUUUACUCUUUCUUUGAUAUAAGUGUAUAAUCUAUGGUCUUGAUUGGAUCGCAUUUCGCAUAUCUCGAGUAGCUUUAAACAGAAUAGUUCAAUACGCCAGCGUGGAUAACGUCAAAUUAAAAGGCUAAAUGACGUUACUUUAACAAAAUAUUCACUCGUAGUGGAAUAUUUAAUUUGUCUAAAAAUGGGUUUCUUCCAAGUGAAGUUAAAAAUUAAUUUCGUCAAAACGUUAUUCUUCAUUACGCUUUCUUUUACUUUUGUCGCAACAGAAGGUCCAGAGUAUGUUGUCGGUGACAGUUUGCUGUCUGAGAAGAAACCGGAGUUUAUAGCGUUCGAUCACAACCGACAACGCCGAGAUGUCGAAGUCAAUAAUACAUCUAUUACUACAUCUACAGAAUCGAAUGCUUCCACUGUUGCCUCCACUCCUACUAAGAACCUCAGCAACGUCACUGCUAGUACAGUCAAAAUACUAAACGAGACUGAAAAAACGCCUUCCGGCGCUGUAAUCGAGGUGACGACUAAACCCCUACUUGGAUUCAACAAUUCAGGAAUAUUACAUAUGAAUGUGUCCGAUAACACGCCGAAAGUCAGUGACCCCAUUGUGCCAGAUGACAACACAAAUGAAUUUUUUAAAGAAACUCCAGAAACUAUAAAGGCCGAACAAAAUCUUACACAGUUGACUUAUGAUAAUCACGAUUUCUAUAACAGUUCGUUCAUUGGCAGUGUGGACUAUUUCCAAGAGUACUGGGCAAAUAUAACAAAAUCAAAAUCUGAAAUACAUGAUCUUCUAAGUAAUUCUCAUCGUCGCGCUAGUACUCAAAAACUGAGUUUCGACUUCCCGUUCUACGGUCAUCCGGUGAGGAAUAUCACGGUCGCUACGGGCGGGUUCAUCUAUACCGGAGACCACGUUCACAACUGGUUAGCGGCCACGCAAUACAUCGCGCCGCUCAUGGCCAACUUCGACACCAAGCUGACCGACGAUAGCUUCGUCAAGAUCAGUGACGAUGGUAAUAAAUUCACCGUAUUCUGGGAAAAUGUGACGUUGCAAGAGGAUCCGAGCAAAAAGUUCACAUUCGCCGUGACUCUGUACAAGAACGGUGACAUCGUAUUCGCGUACAAAGAUAUACCGAUGCCGGUGCAGGCUAUCAACGACACCGAACAUCCCGUCAAAGUGGGCAUCAGUGACGCCUAUCUUAACGACAAGAUAUUGUUCUAUGUGAGACGCAAAACGAUAUAUGAGUACCACCGUGUAUCGUUCAAGAACUACGAGAUUUCAAACAACACAAUAUUGAGAUUAGUUGCUCUGCCGACAUGUCUACAGUAUGACUCCUGUCAGAGCUGCGUCAACCACGACACCGGUUUCAAUUGCCUAUGGUGUGAAUAUAUCAAAAAAUGUUCGAGUGGAACAGACCGUAACAAACAAGACUGGCUGCUAAGAAACUGCGAUAAGUCUCCGAUAUCGAAGGAGGAAAGCUGCCCAGCCAGCCCACGCGUGGACCGGCCGGCCGGCGGCAACACCGCCUACACGACCGAUACGCGGACCGCCCAGGACACCGUCGUCAACACCAUGGAGUCCGAGGAGCCAGUAAAGUCUACAUUAAAGCUGCCGACGGGCCCCCCGGCGGCCACCCCCUACUCCUCGUCUCCAGUGGGCGGGGCUGUUGCUGCCUUUGUAGCCAUCGCACUUAUAUGCUCGCUUGGUGCCUGGGUAUUGUACGCGUUCAAGAACCCUCACACCCGCAGCGGACAGAUGCUCAUAAAGUACCGUCCCUCCCAGUGGAGCUGGCGCCGCGGCGAGGCGCGCUACACUGCUGCCACCAUACACAUGUAAAGCGAAUGCUAAACUCGCUGCAGAUUGCUUCGAACACGUUACAUAUCUAAACGAUCCACUAAAACUUACUGUUACUGACCCUGAUUAUAUAUGACCUUGACCAUAUUGUCCUUGUCUAUUGGGGAAUCAGGGCCUAGGAUAGUUAAUAAAAUUAGAUUUUAUAGCAAAUAUUUACGCAAUGAUAUAGAAGGUGCAAAAUUCGCAGGGAGUUUAGGACUAAACGUUUGAUGUCGCUGCUAACAAGUACUGUAGUUUUACUAAUACUCGUCGAAAUAUAUUAUUAUAAUACGAAUACCUAGUAGAUAUUGUAAAAUGUUAUAAUGAAAUCGAAGAAAAAAUAAAAUUAUGUAAGUAGAAGUGGCAAUGUUGUAAAGAAAAAGAAUAAAAGUUUUGUACAAUAAAAGUUACUUAAAUUAAGCACAUUAUGUGCCUUAUUGUAUAGAAAAAAAUUAAGAUGAAAUAAAUCUUUUGUAAUAAAAAUUUACACUUGGGUACAAACCACUGACGUCCUUGGUAAACUUCAUCCUAAAUCGUUAUGAUUAAGGCUCCACUAGCUCAAUCAUAUACUUAACCUUCGUAGCAAUCUGCGCUUAGAAGAUAUAUUUACAUCACGCUAUAAACAUAUAACACGAAACAAAUGCAGCUUACAUGUGCCUUUCGAGUUCCGUAGGACCCACGAAUCUCCGUCCUCAUAUUAAAUAAUUAUAUAUAAGUUAACUAAUUUAAGAUUAUUAAACUUAAUAAUAUAAGAUAGAUUAGACAGAAAUUAAUAUUAUCUUUUGAAUAAUGAUGUAAAAAAUAUUAACUAUGUGUAUUAAUUUUUCUAUUACUUUACGUUUUUCAAAACAUGUGUGUAAAAAGGACAAAAAAUGAUACACCUACGAGGAUACCAACAUAUGUAUAUACAAAUAUAAAUUAUAUAAAUGUCACAGAUUUUCUUUCUUUACUAAUAAUUAUGACGUGACUUUGCAUUUAAUAUAGAUUGAUAAAUUCGUAACGCACAUUGAUCUAAUAUCAAACUUAAUUAUGUAAAGUCUAGAAUGUUUAAUUUUACGAAGUUUGUAUCGAUAUUCAUGUUUAUCGAACUUUGAUGAAAUUAAUGGUUUUUUUAUUUUAUAUACAUACAAAGUUAAAUGUAACCAGCCAUUAAAUGGUAUGCGAGUUUACAUAUAAAAUUAGUACUGAAGUCUUACGGAACUCUAUUUUGAGGUGUACUCAGUGCACGUUUUACCAAAUUUUUAUUUUACACCACUUUUAGGUUAGAAUUGAUAAGGUAUAUUUGUAUGUUACAUACCUAAACGAUCCACUAAAAUAUAUAUUAUAUAUAUCACUAUUAUACAAUGGAUACUAGAGUGAUAUUAUUGUAAAAUAUAUUAUUGCCAAUGUUAUUUUAAUCUGAUUCUUUUCUACAAAGUAUGAAUGGUUUUUGACAAGAAGCGAGAGUACACCAAAGGGAUUUGUAAAAAAAAUAUUUUUUUUUUCUGAUUUUUUUAUACCUAUAUCUCAAAAUAUGACUCAAAGUAACAAGUAAUAACGGGAAUGCUUUGCUUUAUUUUUUAAAUACGAAACCAUUCAUUGCUGUAAUCUUUGGUCCAAUAUAAAUUAUAUUCGAAUGUUUUUUUAUGAAAAUUAUAUACCUACUUAAAAAAUUAUAAUUUUAGGGACCAACUUUAAUUUCUUGAAUAAAAGUGCCGUUAAAUUGAAA